AUGUUCGAUGAUAAUAUCUCGGGCUAUGACGGUGAUUUGUCGAUUACAAUUCCUCUGAAAGGGUUCAGUGGCCUGCAACUAGUAUCAGAUGGUGAAGGCUUUACAGCCUUGCAGAUAAAGAAUAUAUCAGCUUGGGAACAGAAUUGGUAUGGCUCUGCUCCUGACUCAGACCAUCUUAUGUUUGCUCAGAUGAAGUGGUCUAUUAGCCAUUCUGUUGAACUCGCCAUCUCUGUUGAUGCAUUUAAAGUACACGCGAUUGCUUAUACAUCAGAUCCACUUCAAAGUCAAUCAGUUGCUUGGGAUUCCAAAUUGCUGUCUGAGUGUAUGACAUCAACUGUCCUAGUCAAUCAACACCCACUCGAUGGUGUAUUACCCUUCAGCUUUGUUGAUAAGCAUCUUGGAGACGCGAAAGCUAUAAGCGCGUUCAUAGAUGUGUGGACUCAAUCUAUUAUGGGAUUUGAGUUUACAUUCGGAAGUAGUCUGGUCAAUAUCGGCCGCCCACAUCUGUCGGCGAUCAAGGUCUCUUUUCAUGUCGACUUCCAAGUAGGAGAGGUUUUCACAGCGCUUGCCUGCGCAGAGGCAAAUGUAAACUCUGGUGUAGCAAUGAAGGAAUGGACUGCAUAUCAGUUCUCAGUGUUCUGCAGAGCGGGCCUCUCCAACAGCAUGUGA